AUGGAGGGAGAUUCUGUCACUUUAUACACUGAUCUUACUGAAAUACAUGAAGACGAUAUACUGUGGACAUUUGGAGCUGAAAACUCUCUCAUAGCUAAAAGAAAGAAGCAAAUUUUCUCCACAUAUAAUAGUACUGAUGGGAGAUUCAGAGACAGACUGGAGCUGGACGAUCAAACUGGAUCUCUGACCAUCACAAACAUCACAACUGAACAUGCUGGAGUUUAUAAAGUACAGAUAAGGACAGAAAAAGUGACAUCAAAAACAUUCAGUGUUUCUGUAUAUGCUCGUCUGCCUGUUCCUGUCAUCAGCAGUAACUCUUCACAAUGUUCUUCAUCAUCAUCAUCAUCAUCAUCAUCAGAUUGUUCAUUGGUGUGUUCAGCUGUGAAUGUGAGUCAUGUGACUCUCUCCUGGUACAAAGGAAACAGUUUAUUGUCCAGCAUCAGUGUGUCUGAUCUCAGCAUCAGUCUCUCUCUACCUCUGGAGGUGGAAUAUCAGGAUAAAAACACCUACAGCUGUGUGCUGAACAAUCCCAUCAGC